UCUAUCUUAUCCAUCCCGACGGGCUCCUCAACACGAUGAAUGCGAAGAACGACCCCCUCGCCAACUCCAUCUUCCAGCUCAAGUUCACCGUGAGACAGCUGAACAAGGACGCGCUCAAAGCCGGCAAAGCGGAACAGAAAGAGAAAGCCAGUUUGGAGCAGGCGAUGAAGCGAGGCCAGAACGACAUCGCGCGCAUCCACGCUGGCAACGCCGUCCGCAAGCAGAAGGAGAAACUGAACCUCUUACAACUAGCCUCACGCGUCGAUGCAGUCGCUAGCCGUGUUCAGACCGCAAACACCAUGCGCCAGCUUACGGGCAAUAUAGCGAAGGUGAAUCGGAGCCUGGACGUUGCCUUGAAGCAAAUGAGCCCCGAGAGAGUAUGUAACAUCGCCGCCGUCAUGGUUGACUUCGAGAAGCAGUUCGAAAAUGUAGAUUCCGCCACAGAGCUUUACCAGGAUAUAACACAAUCAGCGACCGCAGUAGGCACUCCUCAGGAGGCUGUGGACCAACUGAUGGCCCAAGCGGCGGAUAAGGCAGGCGUCGAACUGUCGGCAGAUCUUCAAGCAGCCACCCCGGCGAAGACGAAAGUUGGUCCUACGGAAGAAGCAGAGGAAGGUUUGACAGAACGGCUCCGGGCUCUAAGGAACUAAGCCCGUUCCUGUAGUGUGACAUCUUUGGAGGAGUUUGGCGUUAUGGUGAUAUGUCUCAAACGGAAAGGAGGGGGGUGCAUUCCGAAUGGUUGAAUAGGCAUGAUUCGAAGUCAGUGAACGCUUCUAGAUACCGUCGUUACCUAGGUACUUCGAAGCCGGAGUAUUCUUGCUUGGCUAGGGAUUCAAGG